AUGGCCAUAACAUUCCUUUUUAAGCUAAGAGUCUGUGGGUGCUUUGUGAGUAGCUUUGUUGCUGCAAUGGAGUUUGCAAGAAUUAUCUUUUCUGGAUUCUUGGUUUCAUUGGCUCUGAGCGUGGGAGCUGCCAAGGUGAAGGACUUGCCACCCUGCAAUUUCAAAGCAAUUUACAACUUUGGUGAUUCUAAUUCAGACACUGGGGCUAUAUCGGCGGCAAUUUUCCCAAGGCAAUGGCCAAAUGGUGAAACUUUCUUCCAUAAGCCGGCUGGAAGACUUUGCGAUGGACGGCUUAUGAUAGAUUUUAUUGCUGAACGCCUUGGAUUGCCUUUCUUGAGUGCAUACCUGGAUUCAAUUGGAUCAAACUUCCAGCAAGGUGCCAAUUUUGCCUCAGGAGGAUCAACCAUUGUUCCACAAAACAAAACCAUAGCUGAGAGUGGAUUAAGUCCAUUUGCUCUUAAUGUUCAGAUUUGGCAGUAUGACCAAUUCAAGGCACGCACUACUGAUCUCUACAAAGUUAGCAAAUAUUCUUGUAGAAACCAGCUUCCAAGACCCAAGGACUUCCCAGAGGCACUUUAUGUGUUUGAUAUUGGGCAAAAUGACAUUGCUUAUGGACUCCGGACGGUUGAUGAUGCACAACUUCUUGCCUCAAUGCCGGACAUAAUUAGCCAACUGGCAAUAGCAGUCCAGCUUCUAUAUACUCAAGGCGCAAGGACAUUUUGGAUACACAACACUGGUCCUAUUGGUUGCUUGCCAUCAACCUUGCUCAGCAUAAAAAAUCCUCCUCCAGGAUUUCUUGACAACCAUGGCUGUGUGGAAAGCCAAAAUGACAUUGCCAAAGAGUUCAACAGGCAGCUCAAGAAUAGAGUGAUCAAGCUCAGGGCAGAGCUCCCAAGGGCUGCAAUAACAUAUGUAGAUAUCUAUACUGCAAAGCAUGGACUUAUCAGCAAUUCAAAACAGCAAGGAUUUGUUGAUGCACAAAAGAUUUGUUGUGGGUAUCAUAAGAAUGGAAUUGAUGUGGGAUGUGGAGGGAUAUUACCCCUACCAAAUGGUACCAAAAUAUUUGGGACUGCAUGUGAAGACCCUUCUCUAUAUAUCAGUUGGGAUGGUGUCCACUACACUGAGGCUGCCAAUCGUUGGAUUGCUAAUCGUUUAAUCAAUGGUUCACUGUCAGAUCCCCCCAUUCCAACCACCCAUGCUUGUUACAGAACUUCAUGAAGCAUGAUCUGCUGAGCAGUGACCACAUCUCAAUGGAUCUUAAUCAUGGUGUUAGCAAAAGAGACAAAGUGAUGACACUAGGAAAUAACAUUAGCCAUGAGAAUAUCAGUAGUCAAUACUAUGACACUGUGGAAUUACUGUUGCAUAUUUUUUUCUCAAUAAGAUUUAUGGAAAGUUUCUUCCACUUUCUUUGGUGGCAUUAAUUAAUCACUCAGGUUAAAAGAAAAAGAAAAUUUUCAUGUCAAUUUACUAACAGCUAUGAAACAAAUCAAUAACAAGGUCUCAUAAUCUUUAUGAUUUGUUUUUUGUGAUCAAUUGCCCUUGUGCCUAAAUUUAGACCAGAUGUCGUCUCUCCUAGUUGGGAAGUUCAAAUCUCCUACAAAACCCCAUAUUCAACUACCUGCCAAACUAUGAUAAUUUGUUUGAUGAAGAAGCUCUUGAAAGUCCAAAAAAGGAGUAAACUAAAAGAGCUGUAAAAAAUAUACCCCAUUUUAGGAUCACUAGAAGAUGUUUUAUUGAAGUAAUACAUGUAUAUUUUGAGAUUUGGUAACUGAUUUGUAGCUUAGCUUUUUAUUACUAUGAAAAUGAAAUGUGGGGUUACUGUCUUUAAGUAGCAUAUGCACAUGUAUGAUUUAUCCCAC